CUAUUUUCUCCAAAGUUCUGGCAUCAGUUUAGAAGCCAUCAUCAAACUACAAUCAUAGAACACAGACUUUCCAGUUGGCAGGCAGCAAGCGAAAUGACUUGGGAUCACAGAAAUGAAGAGAAACUUGUCGUGCCAGCGCGUCAGGUUGACCCUCAGAAGCUAUCCGUGCUGCUGAAGCAGAAGUUUGGGGAAAUGGGUCUCAGCUAUCGAGUAGAGAUGAGGCACAACAGCUAUCGGAUCUACGCUCAAAGGCCAUUGUCGCCUGGUGAAUUGACGAAUUGCUUCUACAGCAGAUGUCGAUAGCACCGCUUUUACUCGACGAGGCUCACAUGCGUUGAGCCGAGAAGACGUCGGGAAUAUAGGACUUCUUCCUUCUGGCUUGCUGCUUUUGGUGAAGCAGAUAAGAUUAGAUUUCAAUUUCAUCGCGAUUGGGCGGGUGCUUGUGGGUUGGCGGUUAGUCUUUGAAGGACCACAGAAAUUCGCCGAGUGCAUUACAAUGAUCAGUGGAUUCGAGAAUGCUUCUUAGGAUUGUAGAGGGCAAAUGCUGGUGGAAUCACGGCAACUCAAGAUGUGACAGGUAUUAGCAUAGGAAGGUUUCUAUA